AUGUUCAAAAUGCCUAAAGCUGGAGGCAACAAUCCUGAGGAGGGUUCUUCACCCGAGUAUCCAAUUAGGAUAGAAGGGGUUUCGGCCUCUGAUUUUGCUGCCCUACUCACGGUUUUAUAUGCCCGACAGUUCUCUAAUAAUCAACUUGCACCCGAAGCAUCUCUCAUUAUCCCAGCAUUCCGGUUGGCGAACAUGUGGAACUUCUCCGCACUGCGUGCAUAUCUAUUGCCGUUGGCAGAGAAGAACUUGGGUGACGUCGAUAAAAUUGCAUUCGCCGGGGAGUUUGGGAUAAAGAACUGGCUGGCACCCGCUCACCGAUAA